CUCAAACCUCCCUCUAGUCUUUAGCUUCCAAGGCAACUGGGUUUUAAUUUGUAACUUCAUUCAGAAAUCCUUUCCUUCUCUAUAAUCUCUGUUUCUUUUCCUUUCUGUGAUUUUUUGAAGAAGAUGGAAGGUGUUGGGAAUGAACAGAAGAGAUAUGCUCUACUGAUGGCUGCAAGGGACUCUGAGUAUGUGAAGAAAGUGUAUGGUGGAUACUUUAAUGUGUUUAAGAACGCAUUUGCAGAUGAAGGGGAAACAUGGGAGAUGUUCAGUGUUGUUGAUGGAGUGUUCCCUGACAUGGAUGAGCUUCACAAGUAUGAUGGUUUUGUAAUCAGUGGUAGCCCUUAUGAUGCUUAUGGGAAUGACCCAUGGGUCUUGACUCUUUGCUCUCUGCUGAGAAAACUGGACUCCAUGGGGAAGAAGGUGCUUGGAAUAUGUUUUGGCCAUCAGGUUUUGUGCAGAGCAUUGGGUGGUAAGGUUGAGAGAGCUUGUGGUGGAUGGGACCUAGGGUUGAGGAAAGUCAACAUGAUUGGGGAGUUACCCCCUUGUAGCAUCUUUGAUGGCUUACAGGAAAUCCCAUCUACCCUCACUAUUAUUGAGUGUCAUCAGGAUGAGGUGAGGGAGGUCCCUACAGGUGCGAAAGUGAUAGCAUUCUCAGACCAGACAGGAGUGGAGAUGUUUGUUCUUGACUAUCACAUAUUAGGGAUUCAAGGCCAUCCUGAAUAUACCAAAGAUAUCUUAUGUAAUAUUAUUGAUCGUCUUGCUAACAAUAACUCAAUUAAGAAAGAAUUUGCUGAGAUUGUGAAAUCGAGAUUGGAGAUUGCAGAACCAGAUAGGAAGUUUUGGUUGAAGAUUUGCAAGAACUUUCUCAAGGGGGGACAGAUGUUGUGUUAAUUUUUUUUUGAAUAAAAAAAUAUUAGCUGCUUCGAUGUGGUUAGAAACAGAAUGAAGAUCUCCUUCAUUCUAAUCAAUUUGUAAUGGGAAAAGUAAAAAGUGUUGAAUUUGUAUGUAUUUUGUUGAAUGAAGAUCUCCUUCAUUCUUUGUAAUGGAAAAUUAAAGUACUUCGCUAG